AUGGCUCCUGCAACAACUUCAAUUCUGACUGCACUGAGCGUCUGCUCGCAGGCCUUGGCCGCUGCGGUGGAAGUCUCCCUGGCUGCUACCACGGUAUCUCCCGUCAACUCCGUCGCCAACGCCUCGUAUUUCGUCAGUGAAAUACAGCAGCUCACCGACAGUGUUCUAAGGACCCUCGGGAGCCACCAGUCUCUGUUCAACUUUGGUGACGCCAAUCUAUCUUUACCCGCCGUGGGCACAUGCAAGGUUUACCCCGGAGAUGCUGCGUGGCCCUCGACCUCGCAGUGGUCGGUCUUCAACCAAGCACUAGGCGGUGCCCUCAUCAAGACAGUCCCUCUGGCUGCCACCUGCUACCCAGCCUGGUCGGAGUACUACAAUCAGACAGCCUGUGAGGAGAUCUCUGAUGACUGGACUGUGUCAUACCUGCACGCCGCAGACCCCGCGUCAAUCAUGUGGCCCUUGUUCGAGGGUCGAAGCUGUCUGCCAACUGACAUCGCGACCUCUUCUAACUGCACCAUUGGCGGCUACAGCAGCUAUGCCGUCAAUGUCAGCACCGUGGCCCAGAUCCAGCUGGCGGUCAACUUCGCUCGCAACCAGAGGCUGCGUUUGACUGUCAAAAACACGGGUCACGACUUCAACGGCAAGUCGACCGGUGCCGGGGCCCUGGGCAUCUGGACCCACAAUCUCAAAGACAUUGAGGUCUACGACGAUUACCGUCUGGGCGACUACCGUGGCCCGGCUGUGAAGCUGGGCGCCGGCGUCCAGGCCUUCGAGGUUUACGAGAAAGCACACGAGCUGGGCUACACCGCGGUAGGAGGCGAGGGGAAGACGGUGGGUGUGGCCGGAGGAUACGUGCUGGGCGGCGGCCAUUCGCCCAUGUCCAGUGUCUACGGACUGGCGGCUGACCAGGUUCUGGCCCUGGAAGUCGUUCUGGCCAACGGUCGCUUCGUCACCGUCACCGAGCAAUCCAAUUCGGAUCUCUUCUGGGCGCUGCGCGGUGGCGGUGGAGGCACCUAUGGGAUCGUGACUUCUCUCAUCGCGCGUCUGCACCCCAAAACCCCCGUCACUGUCUCGACCUUCUCCUUCGCAACCUCCACCAACGUGACCGCUGACACCUUCUGGGCGGGCGUGGACGCCUACAUGAAGCGCUUUCCCGCCAACGCCGACGCGGGAACAUACGCAUACUUCUGGAUCAUCAAGCUCGGGGAAGAGAGCUACGAGUUCCUGAUGAACCCCUACUUCGCAGUGAACCACACGGUGGCCGAGUUCAACGCGCUGAUGGCCCCAUGGUUUGCCGAGCUGGACUGCCUGGGGAUCCCCUACUCCCCGAACACGACCUACUACGACAACUUCUACGAGGCCUGGGACGCGGGCUUCCCGCUUGAAACCGUCGGCAGCGUGACGAUGAUGACCGGCUCGCGCCUCAUUCCGCGCGAGAACUUCGUCAACGCCACCCUCUUCCACCAGACCGCCGCUGCGUUCCGUUCGACCGUCUCCGCAGGCUACUCGCUGCUAGCCUUCAACCUCAAGGCCGAGCUCCCCGCGGGUUACCCGGCGAGCGCCGCCAAUCCGGCCUUCCGCACCACGCUGAUGCACGCCAUCACCUCGACGAGCUGGUACCGCAACGCCACGAAUACAGAGAUUAAGGCUACAAUGGAUACCUUCACGUACGACGUGCUGGGCGAGUGGCGCAAGACCUGCCCAGAUUCCGGGGCGUACAUGUCCGAGGCGGAUAUCCAGGAGCCGGAUUUCCAGCAGGCGUUCUACGGGGAUUUCUACACGCGCUUGUAUGCCCUGAAGCAGCGGUGGGAUCCCGCUGGUCUAUUUUAUGCGCCCACCGCGGUGGGGAGUGAGGAUUGGGAGGUGAGGAGUUUGGAUGGGUUGCCGGAUCAGAAUGGGCGGUUGUGUCGGGUUUGAUUUGGGAGGGGGUUCUAGAAUAG